AUGAGCGGUGAAAACUACAGAUGGUUUUUGCGAGAAGAACUAAGCAUUGAACUUGACAAAAUUAAUCAAGACCUCGUUUGUUGCAUAGGGGUGGAGAGAGGUUUGGCGGGGCGAGGGGACUUAGCGGCUGUCUGCAUCGUGCGCGCAGUCAGUAGCGCCCUGUUUGCAUCGAACCGCGAAGGAAGAAAGACGGCGGCGAAGCCGGGCGGUCCGUCGCGAGGCUGUGCGCCUCGUCGCGCGGCGCCCGUGCCGAUGCGCGACGUUCCCCAGUUGGGCUCUCUAGAGUAA